AUGAGCUCGAGCGGAGGCGGACCCGGUGCCUCGCCUGCCUGGCCGCCCUUCCGCCCGUCCAAGAGAAGUAAAAUGCGAAACGGCACUUUCAUCAUCCCCAGCACAGGCGAGCGCUCCCGCCGCCAGGUCACCCUGCGAGCAUCCAACGGCCGUUCUCCCAGCCGCCCCUCGGGCCAAGCGUCGGCCUCAUCCGCCGAGACGACCGAAAGCACAACGGUGGACCGGGCUAAGGAAAAUGCCCUUGCCGCCUGGCGAUGGCUCAACUCCGAAGACGGCCAUCAGGUGCUCAAGUGCACCCUGGCCUACCUGCUGGGCAGCCUCGGGACCCUGUGGCCGACACUGUCCGACUUCCUAGGCAAUCGAGACGGAAAGCACAUUGUGGCCACCUUGACAGUCUACUUUCACCCUGCAAGGACUGUCGGCUCCAUGCUCGAGGCUGUCUUCAUUGCCAUCAUCGCCGUCGCCUACGCUGAGAUGGUGUGCGUCUUGUCCAUGGCCGCCGCCAUCGCCUCGCGCACGAGCAUGGGGUCUGUCGUCCCGGCCCACGCCAUCGUUCUCGUCGUCUUCGUCGGCGGCAGUCUGGGCUUCAUCGGCUGGGUCAAGCAGAAGCUGAACCAGCCCCUCGUCAACGUCGCGUCCACGCUGGCCUCGAUUGCCAUCAUCUCCGUCGUCACCAAGGAGCAGUCCAUACAAGACGGCUACUUUUCCGGCGACAAGAUUCUGCAGGUUCUCAAGAUGCUCCUCAUCGGCAUCUCAUUCACCGUCGCCGUCAACUUUCUCGUCUGGCGCGUCUCUGCCAGGCAUGUCCUGCGAAAAUCCAUCGUCACGGCCUCGGUGUGCUUGAGCGACAGGCUGUCGUCCAUUUCAAAGGGCUUUUUGGAUGGGUCGGAAGACGAGAUCAAGUCGCCCGCCUACUCUCACGCAACCGCGCAAUACAACUCGGCGUACGCGCAGAUGAGCAAGAGUCUGCGCGAGGCGAAGCUCGAGUACUACCUCCUCGGCCGCGAGACGACAUAUCAGCUGGACAAGCGCCUCUUCAAGUCCGUCGAAGCGCUUUCGCGUGCCAUUGGCGGCCUUCGAAGCGCCCUAGACACCCAGUUUACCCUUCUCAAAGAGGUUCCUGCGGCAGGACCACACCCAGCGUCGGCUGUUUCAUCGCCCGCGCCUCCACCCUUUUCGCCCAGGCUCGUGCGGGCCAUGUCUGCCUUCAUCGAUGAGGCGAGAGAGCCCUUGUCCGUCAUCCAAGAGGCCGAGGACGAGGCGAGGGCGUCAUUGCCGCUGACGCACUCCGACCCGACUCUGGACAAGUCACCCAUGUUCCGGGCGCCGUCCGACAUCUUUGCCCUAUUCAUGGCGCGCCUGGGCCCCCCCAUGAAGUCUCUUGUCUAUACCCUCUCCGAAAUCCUCCGAGAAAGUCCCUUUGAUCAGGUUUCGUGGGUCGAGGUGACGAUCAACGACCAGCUCCAGGAGAGCCUGCGGGACGCUCUCAGCCUGUACAACCAAGCUAGAGGCGCUGCGUUGCAGGAGCUAUACAGGAGCAUAGAGCUUGGAAGAUGCAGGUCUGAGAAGAUCCAGGCCGACAUUGAAGAGGUUGCGGCUGCCUGCGGGCACUUCUCAUUCACCCUGUUGGCCGUGGCGGACGAGAUGGACGCUUACUUGGAGGUUCUCGAGGACCUGAAGCAGACGACGGCGGCCAACGAGCGAAAUUGGAGCUGGUUGAAGUUCUGGACCUACCGGAAGCCGUUUCGCUGGCGGCGGGACAUGUCACCCGACCCUGAGCGCGAGCCUCUGUUGCAGAAAACAACGGUCAAGCCUGUCAAAAAGUCGGCCUUGCCAAAGGGCAUCCCCGCGGCCAUGGUGAGGCAAAGGGACGCCUUCAGCUGGGACGCUGCACCGCAAUCCAGCCUUUUCCUGCGCACCGUUUCGCAGUCCCUCUUGACGAUGCUGCGGUUCCUCGCGCGCGAAGACAUUACCUUUGGCAUCAAGGUCGGCAUCGGAGCCGUGUUAUGGGCCAUGUUCGCUUUUAUACCGGACACGCGGCCCAUGUAUCAACAGUGGAGAGGCGAAUGGGGACUGCUGUCGUACAUGAUUGUCGUCGGCAUGACGACGGGCGCAUCCAACACGACCUCGACAGCCCGUUUCGUGGGAACACUGAUAGGGGCUAUCUGCGCCUGCGUCUCGUGGAUCGCAAGCGACGACAACCCCUACCUCCUCGCCCUGUUUGGCUGGCUCAUGGCGUGCUGGAACUUUUAUCUCAUCCUGGUCAUCAAAAACGCUCCGCUGGGCCGCAUCUCGCUGCUUGCCUAUAAUGUCAUUGUCCUCUACGCGUACAGCCUAUCGCAGAACGUCGAGGACGACGACGACGACGAGGGGGGCACCAAGCCACUCAUCUUCAACAUCACCUAUCACCGAGUCGUGGCCGUUACGCUGGGAAUCUUGUGGGGGAUGAUUGUCUGCAGGCUGCUAUGGCCUAUCUCCGGGCGGCGCAAGUUUCGUGAGGGGCUGUCGGUGCUGUAUCUUCAGCUCGGCCUCAUAUGGAAGCGCGGGCCGUUGGGCAUUCUUGUCGAGAGUCACAAUACCCUUGACUACCUGCGCGAGGGCGAGCAGGUUGCCCUGCAACGCUACGCCUUCAAGCUCGAGUCCCUUCGCGAGGCGGCCAAGUCCGAGUUUGAGCUCCGCGGUCCCUUUCCUCACGAAGCUUACGGGCGCAUCAUGCACUCGACCAAGCACAUCCUCGACGGCUUCUACGCCAUGCGCCUCAUCACCCAGCGGCGCCUCUCGCUGUCGGCCGGCGAACGGGCGCUGCUCGAGUUUACGACGGCCGAGCGCGUGCGCCUGUGCCAGCGCAUAUGCCACGUGUUCCAGGUGCUCGCGUCGAGCAUCAUGCUCGAGUACCCGCUCACCGACGCCACGCCGACGAUUGACAGCACAAAGGACCAGCUGCUGGGAAAGAUAUAUCAAUUUCGCAAGAACCACAUGGGGGCGGAGCUACGCCAGGGCGAGGCGGACGACAGCGACGACGACGCCGACGCCGACGGGGGGCGGGGCGUUGCGGCGGAUGAGAGGGACUAUGCGCUCCUGUACGCGUACACGCUCGUGACGGCGCAGGUGGCUGACGAGCUGAGGAAGGUGAGGGAUGAGAUUGAGGGCCUGUUUGGCGUGUUGAACCAGGAUGAGCUGCUUCUCGAGUACACGUGA